AUGCAGUGGGCCGUGGGCCGGCGCUGGGCGUGGGUCGCGCUGCUUCUGGCGGCCGUGGCGGCGCUCACCCAGAUCGGGUGGCUCUGGCUGGGCGCGCAGAGCUUCGUCUUCCAGCGCGAGGAGAUCGCGCAGCUGGCGCGGCAGUACGCGGGGCUGGACCACGAGCUGGCCUUCUCUAAGCUGAUCGUGGAGCUGCGGCGGCUGCACCCGGGCCACGUGCUGCCCGACGAGGAGCUGCAGUGGGUGUUCGUGAACGCGGGCGGCUGGAUGGGCGCCAUGUGCCUCCUGCACGCCUCGCUGUCCGAGUACGUGCUGCUCUUCGGCACCGCGCUGGGCUCCCGCGGCCACUCGGGCCGCUAUUGGGCUGAGAUCUCCGACACCAUUAUCUCGGGCACUUUCCACCAGUGGAGAGAGGGCACCACCAAAAGUGAGGUCUUCUACCCGGGGGAGACAGUGGUGCAUGGGCCUGGUGAAGCAACGGCUGUGGAGUGGGGACCAAACACAUGGAUGGUGGAGUACGGCCGGGGUGUCAUCCCGUCUACCCUGGGAUUCGCACUGGCUGACACCGUCUUCAGCACCCAGGACUUCCUCACCCUCUUCUAUACCCUUCGCGCCUAUGCCCGGUGCCUCCGGCUUGAACUCACCACCUACCUCUUCGGCCAGGACCCUUGACCAGCCAGGCCUUGAAGGCAGACCUGUAGACGGAUGGGAGUGGGCAGGCCCACACACGUCCACUGGCGGGAGCCCAUGUACACAGGCAGGGACCUAUCACGCCGUGCCAGUACUGAGCUCCUGCUGUGCUGGGAGGGACCUACACGCUUAUACAUCCAGAUCCACGGGAACAGUUUGGGACAUACAGAUGCCCGAACCUGUAUGCACUGCGGGAUCAUUCACUCACACCCAUCCAGAGAGGGAACCCGCUGUAUUCUAAGGGGGCCAGUCGUGUUUGAACGCACAUAUCACAAGCUUGACUCGCAAACUCAGGCCUGUCCAGAGCUCUCUGCCUGCAGUUAGGGCUCUGGAGUUAAGAAUGAGGGUGGGUGUAACACUGCCUCAGUCUACCCCUCAACCCUGCAGUGUUGGGGCCGGGAGCUGCCCUUUGGAGGCCCCCUUCCCCUAUGGCUACGCGCUCUUCCCGUUCUCUGCCCUGCCCUCACCAUAUGCCUUAUGCCCCUUCCGCUCCCCUGCUAUGCAAGUGCCCCCACGGCUUGUCCUGCCCCUUCAGUAACCAAGUCAGCCGGGGAACCAGCGGAAUGUGGAGAGUCCGAAGGUGAAGCGCUUCCAUCCCUGAAAGACCCCCGUUCCUCCCUUGGGGGUGUGGUGGGAAAGUUGGCCUCCACCCUGGCUCCAAGGGUCCACCCCUGGCCUAGAGAGGGCUUUUUCUGUGCGUGUGUGCACACCCCAUCCCAGUUUCCAGACGCUGCCUGUCUUGCGUUCUCUGCCCAUCUGUCUCUCUUAAUAAAGACUUGUCAAACGGU